GGCUCCGCGCGCUUUACGCGCCAGCUUUGGCCUUAGCCCGCGAGCAACGGGGUCGCGACGGACAAUGGAAAGCAGCGACGGGGAAGCCGUCGACAAGCGCCGCGUCCACCUGCGCCCUGUUACGCUGCGCGAUCCCGCCCCCGCCUUGCUGCAUCUUCUGCCCUGCGAGGUUCUGGUUAACCGGCCCGCCCCCGUGGGGCUCUUCUUCACCCCGGCCAUCCGCCAGGGUCCCGACGGACUGGAAGUGUCGUUCCGGGGCCGCAGUCUACGCGGCGAGGAGGUGGUGGUGCCGCCCGGCCUCGUGGGAUAUGUGAUGACAGAAGAGAAGGGAGAGGUGUUGCUCGGGGAGCAGGACUUCUCGGAGGGUUUGGAGGAUGACGAGCAAGAGCGGGAACUGGUGGAGCCCCCGGAGGCGCUGGAGCGCGACUUCGACCGCUUUAUCGGAGCCACAGCCAGUUUCAGCAGCUUCACCCUGUGGGGCCUGGAGGCUAUCCCCGGUCCCGAUGCCAAAGUGCGUGGGGCCCUAACCUGGCCCAGCCUCGCUGCAGCGAUUCACGCACAGGUACCCGAGGACUGAGAACCAGAGCUUGAAAUUGAAAGCCACCGAUCCCUUCACCCCAGUAAACCCUUCUUCAAUUUGGAGCCUGAUUCCGUCACCCCAAUAAAGGAGCUCUUCACAGAACA